UCAGCAUGUCUUUGAAUAGAAAACGAGCCUUUGGAGAAGAGGUAGAUGAGCUAAGAACAGUCGCGGCAAAGCGACAGGAACUCAAGUACGAGAUAAUUGCAAAUAUGUACAACACCGAUCAAGAACAAUCUCACAUCUCACUCUCCAAGAAGCCCAGCGGUCUCCUCAUCGGCAGAAGCAGUCAGUGUGACAUUCGAAUACUGGGCGUAGACGUGUCGUCUAAACACUCGAAGCUCUCGUUGGCCACCAACCAAAUACGAGACUAUUUCUUCGUUACCGACUUGAGCUCCAAUGGGACCUAUGUAAACGGCGAAAAGUUGGGCCACGGAACCAGCGUGCUCUUAAAAAGUGGAGAUCACGUGUCGUUUGCCAAGACAGGUGGAGCCUUCAUCUUUCGCUACUGUGCUGAUGAGAAAGAAACCGCUCAUAGAAAAAGAUCACUCUUCGAUGACUACGUAUUGGGAAAACAACUAGGAGCCGGCCAUUACGCGGUGGUUAAAGAAGCACGAAACAGAUUGACGGGGGACAUUGUGGCAGUGAAGAUCUUUCACCCGAACAAGACGUCGAAGAACUCUAAAGACGAAGAAGCCAAAUUGCAACAGGAGAUUGAUUUACUUCUUUCCAUAGACCAUCCUAAUAUCGUCAAGUUUAUUUCCCGUUACGUGGAGCCCGUGAGCCAGCAUACGAUGUCAACGUUCCUAGUGCUCGAGAAGGUUAACAGUGGAGAAUUGUUCCAGAGAAUCAUAAACAAACUGAAACUUCGGGAAGAUGAGACCAAGGGCUUAUUUAAGCAGCUUUUGUCAGGUCUUCUUUAUUUGCAUGAAAACAACAUUAUCCACAGAGACAUCAAGCCCGAGAACAUACUCCUCGAUAUCACUCCCCGGAGGUCCAGCGAGCAGGUCCAAACAGGUCCGUGGGACCAUGAUGAAUACGAUAUUAGAGUGAAAAUCGCUGACUUUGGGUUGGCGAAAUUCAUUGGGGAACUCAAAUUCACAAACACCUUGUGUGGAACUCCUGCGUACGUUGCGCCCGAGAUACUCAGUGACCAGCGAAACUACUCAACCAAGGCAGACAUCUGGUCGAGUGGUGUACUUCUAUAUGUUUGUCUCUGUGGGUUUCCACCAUUUAGUGAUGAGCUAGGACCUCCCACCAUGAGAGAACAGAUAUUAAGUGCCAGAUAUGCCUUCUAUUCUCCGUACUGGGACGAUAUCACGGAUCCAGCCUUGGACUUGAUCAGCUCGUUAUUGGUUCUUGACCCAGAUCAAAGAUUUGAUGUUCACCAAACUAUUAGCCACGACUGGUUGGCUCAAGACACCUUAGAGGAUAAAGAUAUGGAGGACGUUAACAUGGACGCUUUCAAUUCAUUAAAGGGAUCUAUCAAGACCAACUCCAUGCGAAGCAGCUCGAUGCUUGGUUCCGAGACCGAUAAAUUAAGAACUCCUGUGAGGUCUUCGAGUCAGCCCAUACGACUUCGAGACCGGUUUGCAUCCGAGUUGAAUUCGAUUGACUAUGAAUGAGCAGACUCUGCUGACUAUGAAAUGAUGAAAAUAUUUACAGGAACUAGAAUGACAGGGUAUUCACCAACUCUAUGGCUUGUUUUCUGCUACUGAAGAACAUCAGAAGUAGGUGCUUAUUGGAAGCUAUAGUGGCUCUGUAUUUCUCUGGCACCGACGGGUUUUGCCGACUUUUUUCAAACUUCUCUUGUAUAGACAUUAUCUUUUGCAAUGCUUUCAAAGCACUCUUACGAUCUUUUAAAAGAAUUUGACAAUCAAACUGCCCUAUCAAGCACGAUAAAUCUCCAUCAGCCUCAUGCCCAAGUUUAAACCACUCAAGACUUUUAUCAUAGUUGUUGAAGACAUUCAACUCCAAGAACCCAAGAGACGAAAAACUCUCCUUCAAGCCUUUGGAGGCACAGAUCUCCAAAUGGUAUCUUGCAAUCUUGGGGUCGGUUAGGGUGAAAAGCUGGCUGUAAUAAUAGUGAGACCUCAAUAUAGUCGAGUCUAGCUGUCCAAAAGCUAUGCUUUUCUCCAAAUACUGCCGGGCCCUUAUCAAGUCGGGUUUGGGUUGUAGUGUGUAAUAGUACAAACCAAGGUUGCUGUAUACGUGGCUGGCAUUUAUGGUAUUUGGUUCUAGUUCAAUGAACUGAAGCCAGUAUGAUUCGGCCUGAGAAAAUGCCCGUUUUUUAUAUGCCAAGUCCCCGGCCAAUUUGAACGUCAAGGGAUUCUUGAGGUCCAGAAGAUUCUCUAUCAACUGAUUGGCGUAUUGAAAAUCUUCUUUAGACGUGUUUGGAUCUUGAAUGGUGUUGAAUGCCAAUAUUGCGAUCGCAUUGCUACUUCCAAGUUCUCCAGCCUGCUCCACAAGCUCAUUCUCCAACUCCACCAAGUGGCGGUUGAUGGUGUUUGUGGUCUUUCGGAUCACCAGAAGUACUUCUUUGAGGGACAUCAAGUCAUCGCUCCUGGUGUAACUCGGAAGUAAUAUGUGGUUAGGGUUGUCGAUGUGGUUGUACACAGCUUCAUAUAUUUUCAUGGCCCUGCUAUAGGCCAAGCGACUGUCUUGGUCGAACAAGAUUCUGUUGAAGACCUUCUUGCUGGGGAUUAUGUCUCGCAACGGUGGCCUCGUCAGGGCAAACCGUCGAAGUAUUUUGAACAUGGCGUAUAGGACGAUAAAUU